CUCGUCAAAAGAAUCUUAUUUUGACUGUGGUGUGUCGCUGAAACGAGAAACCAAUGGCCAGACAAGUGAAGAGAAGACCGCAUGCCUCGGCGAGACCGGAAUCUUCUUCGGAUUCCAAGAAGCCGAAGCUCAAACAUGGAAGACACCAAAUGAGAACCGUUACUAGAACAGCCAGAAGGCCCGGCCAACAGGACUUUGAAGAAGAAUCCCAAGACACGUAUGACAAUCAACAGCUUGGUGAAGAUGGGCAGAAUGACGAAGAAAGCGAAGAUGAGCAAGAAAUUGAACAGGAAAGUGGAAAGGCAUAUGAAGCACUUUUGACCUUGUUAAAAUCUGACCACAAGGAGUCGAAGCCAGCCAGGAAGUCUGACAAAGUGGAAGAAAACCAAGACGAAGAAGAAGAAGACGAUGAAGAAAUAGCAGGAGCUAAUGUACAAAACGAGGAAGAUCAAGAUAAUGAAGAUGACAACGAGGAUGAUGAAGAUUCAGCUCGAGGAUUAGCACAAGAUCCUCUUGAAGCCCAUUUCAAUCGUGUAGAGGAUUCCUAUAUAGACAACCAAGAGAGGUUGGUCAUCAAGGAAAGAGAAAAAUGGACUACUGUAGAAAAGAAGACAUAUGAUAACUUGGGGUACUCUUCUUUGACCCAGAGUCCUCCAGGACGAGCUAUAUCCAUUCCAUCCAAGACGAAAGUUAAGAUUUCUGACUUUUUCAUUAAGAAAAGGGUGUUGGAUGCCUUUGAGGCUACAUAUCCUUCUGAUUUUGAAAAGUUAUCUCCUUUAGACUUGGCGCUUUUAGAGCCUAUGAUGAAGUACCAGGACAUCAACUUUCCUUAUAAGACCUUCAGCAACACUUCAUACAGAAAGUUGUAUGCCCUUCAUGCAUUGAACCACAUUUACAAAACCAGAGACAGAAUCAUAAAGAACACAACAAAAUUGAACAACUAUAGAGAAGCUUUGAAAAAUGGCACGGCCAAUUUGGAUUCCCAAGAACCGGAAUUUAGGGAUCAAGGGUUCACACGUCCAAAAGUGCUUAUUCUCUUACCAACCAGAAAUUCAUGUUACGAAUUGGUUGAACUACUCAUUAAACUUUCAGGCUGUGAACAACAAGAAAAUAAGAAAAAGUUCAUGAAUCAAUUCUAUGCUAAAGAAUUACCACCAGACACCAAGCCUCUUGAUUUUAGAGACUCUUUCAAAGGAAACAACAACGAUUUCUUUUGUCUUGGGUUGAAGUUGACAAGAAAAUCAUUGAAGUUAUACUCUUCAUUCUACUCUUCCGAUAUAAUUAUUGCAUCUCCUAUCGGACUCUCUAUGAUCUUGGAGAACCCAGAUAAGAAAAAGAGACAGUACGAUUUUGUUUCUUCUAUUGAAGUAUUGAUUGUUGACAGAGCCAACCAAAUUGAAAUGCAAAACUGGGAAAAUGUGGCUACAGUUAUGCGUUAUGUCAAUAAAAUCCCUAAAGAUUUCCACGAUGCAGACUUUUCAAGAAUCAGAAUGUGGUCUAUCAAUGACCAAAGUAAGCUACUCAGACAAAAUUUGAUCUUCAGUGAAUACUUGACACCAAAUAUCAACAACUUGAUAACCUCCAAAUCUUUCAACAUCGGAAACAAGACAAAAUUCAAGCCAAUAAUUAAUUCCAACAAUUGUAUUAUGAACUCGAUUGGUUUGAAAUUGAAGCAGAUUUUCCAAAGAUUUGACAGCCCAUCGCCGGUUCUGGAUCCUGAAGUAAGAUUCAAGUUCUUCAUCAAUACUGUAUUACCAUCGUUGAUGAAAUCUUCUUCGUAUUCUGACGGUAUUAUGAUCUUUGUUCCUUCUUACUUUGACUAUCUCAGAAUCAAACACCACUUGAAGUCAUCUACCAAGUUCAACUUUGGAUCCAUUGACGAGUACAGUUCCCAGUCAAAGUCCACCAAGGCUAGACAACAGUUCAUGGCUGGCAAAAUCAAUAUCAUGUUGUACACUGAAAGAUUGCACUAUUUUAGAAGAUUUGAAAUCAGCGGGGUCAAGACGAUGUUGAUGUACGGUUUACCCAGCAAUCCAGUCUUCUACAAGGAGUUGGUAAGAUUUAUUGGUAAAUCUGUUUUUAGAGAACAAUGUGACUUGGACUUGGCUUUUGUCAAGAUCCUAUUCUCCAAAUGGGACGCUGUUACUUUAGAGAGGGUCGUUGGUAACGAAAGGGCACAUGCAUUAUGUAACUCACCUAAUGAGUUAUUUGAGUUUAGAUAGUUUUCAUAAAAAUUCUCUACAAUAUAAUAUUACAAUUUCAAGAC